AUGCUUCAAGGAAUUCAAUACAAACCAUCUGACUAUCAUGUCGCUUAUGCUAAAAGUGACGCUCCAAGAAUGGUGGCAAUUGCACCAGCUCCUGAAACAAAAUAUUUGACUUUGGACAUGCAAACUGAUAAGAAGAAGUAUAAUUACAAGAACACCGCGUACACCGGUCCUCAAGCUGUCUCUAUCGCGAGAAGGAACGCCCGCGAAAGGAAUCGUGUGAAACAAGUGAACGAUGGAUUCAAUGCUCUGAGGAAGCGACUGCCCGCUACUGUUAUUGCAGCGCUCUCUGGAGGUGCGCGUCGUGGAUCCGGGAAGAAACUCAGCAAAGUGGAUACACUCCGAAUGGUCGUGGAAUACAUCAGGUAUUUGCAAAACUUAAUUGAAGAAAGUGACUCUGCCCACGGGAUCACAAGAACAUCGCAAGUUGAAACUAAAGCCUCGUACGAAGUGGAUGAAGGCGUUUUUGAUGGAAACUCUCCUUACUCAGACCCAGUGCCCUCACCAGCUGGCUCGGAGUGUUCAUCUGGUGUGUCGUCAGCGUAUUCAGGCGGUUAUGUGCCAAAUAACUACCAACCUUACCAAGAGCAAGUGAAUCCCAUGGACGAGGAUGACUUGUUUGAUGCUAUCUCAUGGUGGCAACAGAAGUAA